AUCCGCAGUUUUUCCUCUCUCUACCUGCCUCCCUCCCUCCCUCCUGCCUUAACUGCCAGCAGCAGCAUUUAUUACUCUCGCCUGUACCGUAUGCAACACACUGACAUGGUGGAUUACCCUCCACUCCACCACCAUCCUUGCGACUCAUUUAUGCUGAUCACAUUCCUGAUGUGAUAGCUCGCUAUAGCACCUUCACGAGUCCUGAUCUGAUCACCUUCGCUUUAGCAGGCUGCUACUGACUAAGCUUCUGCCGUCUCGUCUUGCUACUCUCCGCGUCCCACUUCUCUGACCGAAACUACUAGUGAGGUAUCCUUGAACCCGUAUGAUCAGCGCCGCGAGCGAUUCCGACCUUUCAAUGAGAUCAUGGCGUCCUUUCGACGACGGAACCGUCGCCAUUCUGUCGGCAUGAAGUCGUCAAAACAGUUUAAUUAGGUCGAGGCGCGGAUCAGUUAAUCAAAGGACAAGGCGGCGAACCACCAGUCCUAAGAACCUAGCUUUCCUAAAAAGCGUUGUCGCGUUGUAUAGUUAGGCCGAGAAGGGUAGAAUGCCGGCUCCCGCGCUUUCGUCGUUAAGUUAGAUUCAUUUUCGCCAGCUUCAGCGCUCUCCGGGCUUGAGCUCUAGAUCACCCAUCGUGCAGUUUGGGGUUAAGCAGCGUCGUCCCUGUGCCGAGGCGUCGUCGUCAGAGUCGACUCAGAAUACACCCGUUAUUACAGCAACGUGUUGCUGUGUGUUCGUUUCCCCUGCUGGGGCUUGGGUGCUCGAGAGGAGUGAUUCUCAAUUGGAACUGACUGAAUUUUCAGCGGCAGCGCCAAUGACGGGCGGCGUGUACGGCUCGGCGAAAGGGUCUCGCAAUCCGCGGCGAGACCGGCUCAGAAGCGGCGACGAGGAGAACAGCAAAGGCAGCCAUGGCAGCCAGCAAUCGUCCGGCGCCGGUAGCGGCGGACAGGGAACGGACGGAUCGCCUGGUGGAGGAGACGCGCCCGGAUCGACAGCGUGGGCUAUAGACUUCUCAGAGGUGGAGCUCGGCGAGCUGAUAGCCACAGGAUCCUUUGGCGUCGUGCACUCGGGCACAUACAGAGGAGAGCGCGUGGCCAUCAAAUUCCUGCUCUUUCCGGAAGCUUCUAGCGAGGAUGAGCUGAACCGCGCUAAGAGGGGGUUUCGGCAAGAGGUGUCGGUGUGGCAUAAGCUCAACCACCCAAACGUGGUCCAGUUCCUGGGAGCGUACAUCAACCCCCCCAAGUGGGCAAUCGUGACCGAGUUCCUCGACGGCGGCACGGUGAAGGGCUUUCUCUCCCGCCUGGGCAAGCGGCGCCUGUCGCUCAAGCAGAUCGCCGCCAUGGCGCUGGACGUGGCGCGCGGCAUGCAGUACCUGCACUCCAACAACAUCAUCCACAGGGAUCUCAAGUCCGCCAACCUACUGCUCAACUCGGCUGGGGUGGUGAAAGUGGCGGAUUUCGGGCUCGCGAGGACGGAGGCCCAGGAGCCAGGGAACAUGACUGCUGAGACGGGCACCAUUCGGUGGAUGGCGCCAGAGAUGAUCGACCAUCAGCCGUACACGCGCAAGGUGGACGUGUACAGCUUCGCCAUUGUGCUCUGGGAGAUCUGCACGGCGCAGUGGCCCUUCGAGGGGCUCUCGUUCGUGCAGCUGGCCCACGCAAUUGUCGCUGAUAAUAUUCGCCCUCCCACAAAGGACUGCCCCAGCCAGAUCACAAAGCUCCUCACGCGGUGCUGGGACAAGGACCCCGAGAAGCGGCCGGAUUUCGAUGAGAUUGUGGCCUACUUGGACAGAAUCGGUGACGGGAGAAGCAGGAACAAGGUUGAUGACGUCAUUGUGCCUGUACCCGGUCCUGAUUCCGGCAAGCCUCCUCUUGGCCCAGGGGGGAAGCCGGCGAAUGGCGUGCCGCCAUCUGGCACAGGAGGGGGCGGGGGAGGGGGCAACGACAGCUCGCACGACGGGGUGGCGUCGCGGCACGGACCGAGGGAGGAGCCUCAGAUGGACAGUGGGUGGAAGCGGAUUCAGGUGGAGCCAAAGAAGGAGGCGAGUGGGUGUGGGUGCAUCAUCUUGUAGCUGCCGUUCAGGCUGAGCAUUUUAGGGGGAAUGGCGGCACGGGCCGAGAGAGGAGCCUCAGAUGAACAGCGGGUGGAAGGGGAUUCAGGUGGAGCCGAAGUAGGAGCCGAGCCGGUGUGGUUGCCCCAUCUAGUAGCUGAUGUGACGAUCAGAUGAAAUCGCAUGGACCGAUGGAGGAGCCUCAGAUGGACAGAGGGCGGAAGUGGAAUCAGGAUAAGCCAGAAGUAGAGCGCGACAACCAAGAUGGACGGUGCACCAUCUACCAGCUGAUGUGACGGUCGGAUGAAGUCACAUGGACCGAUGGAGGAGCCUCAGAUGGACAGAGGGUGGGAGCGGAAUCAGGAUAAGCCGGAAGUAGAGAGGAGCAAGUGCAGAUGCCCCAUUUUGCCGAGCAGUGGAUGAGUGAAUGGGUGGGUGGAUAGUGGAUGCACAAAUUGGUGGAAUCAUCGUGGCGAUCGAGCCCUGCUGAGGAAGCUCUGCAGGGCCAACUGUGGCUGGCUGACGGUCAGCAGAGUGGGUGGAUUGAGCAGAGUGGACUGAGCAGAAGUUGCUGCCAGUUAGAAGGGCAUAUAUGCCAGGUUGCGGUAACAGUUGAGCCGCUUCGAAGUCACCCACAGCCAGAUUGAAUGCGCCGUGUGAAUAAUCGAUUUUAUUCAGCAUGGUUGGGCAUUUGGCAUGCAUGCAUGCAGUCAGAAAAGGGGGAAAUGCUCAAAUGUGGAAGGAGACUCUUGUUAGGGUUGUGUCGUGUGAAAGCUGACCUGAAUGCCAGCUUCUGUGCGUCAAGUGGGUUAUGGCCUGGGGACAGGGUUUAUGUAGAGCCUGUGUUUUACUAUUUCCUGGCACACAAGUGCCACACAACAAUCUAUCUUGUGCCACUCAUUUAUUCGUGCCUAUCCUGAUUGACCCUAUGUCGUUUUUUCAAGCUGAGCUUAGUAGUGAACUGUA